GUAGCGAACACGAAGCGUGAUCAGCGCAGAAAGGCGCAGAGAGAAUGGCGUCUCGGGAAUUGGAGAAGGCUGGAGGAGGACAAGUCGUGGCAAUCUAGCGUAGCUGCCGAACCUUAUUAGUCACCGAACAGAGUAAACUAUAAAUCGCUGCUAAGUGCCGAUCUACUGACUGACGUAAAUGAUUUCUGUUUGGACGUGCAUAGAAUGCUGUCGGAGAAAGUGGUGCCUGUGGAGGGAGAGCCGGGAGGUCUAAAGGCUCGACUGGCCGCAAGGUUCAAGAAACGGCCUGAAGAAAGCCCGGAGAAGAAGCGACAACAGUUGCAGGACUACACUGCCUGGGUCAACAACUACCUCAAGAGAAAGCCAGGCACUCCACUGGUCACCGACCUGCGAUGGAGCCUGGGAGACGGUGUCAUUUUUGUACACCUCGUGGAAAUUGUUGCAAAGGCGCAGGUGGCCGGAGUAGAGAGGUGGCCGUCGUCUGCCGAGGGAAGGAGACUGAACACGGAGAGAGCUCUCGAGUUCCUCAGAGGAGACGGAGUUAUGCUUCACCUCGACGCCUGCAGAGACCUGUUGGAGGGGAACGUGAAGGGAGUGAUGAAAGUGAUCCUAGCCAUAGCAGAGAGAUACCAACCAAAAUCUGUCAAACCCCGGACAGUCGUGCCUGAGACCUUGCGACCUGCCAACCACACUGCUCCACUCCCAGACUCCCAGUACGGCAUUCGUCAGGAGCUCGUACGGCCGUACACUCAUCCACAGACCCCCAUUCGACCUGAUCAGAUCCAGUCCUCGUUCCAUUCCAGUGGUCUGUACCCCAGUCCAUACCCGGUGGACCCAGCCACUGAGGGAAUGUACAGUUCUCCUAUUGACACUCUGCCAGCAAACAAACCUCCACAGGUGAUAUCUGGUAAGAAGAAACCUCCUCCUCCUCCAGUGAUGAGAAGUCGAACUGGGUCAGCUGGAAUGUAUGGAAUACCAGAGGAAAUAGGGGAGGAGUGUGAGGGGCCAGUGGGAGUGGUCAGAGCUGAGGAGAGGGCGGGGCUAUCUGGGGAAAUAGGGGCAGUGGUGUCAGGACUAAGUCAGUUUAAGGCAGAGCUGUUGCAGCUACAUGCAGUUCUAUUGCGGAACAAUGACGGAAUCCGUGAUGUCGGUGGAAGUGGUGAGAUGGGGAAGAGGGGAGAGGUGGGAGAGAGAGGAUGGAGGGAGAAAGAGUGUGAGGAAGAAAUUGUCUCACUGCGAGAUCAACUAGGCCACCUACAAGAUGAGUGUACUCAGGCAGAGGCAGAGUGUACAGCUCUCAGGAACAUGGUGGAGGAGAGAAAUGCCUUCAUUACUACCAUGAAGAGUGAGAUAUACCGCAAGGAGUACCUCAACGACACGCAGAAGGCUGAGCUACACACGCAACUCAUGCAGAAAGACACCCACAUCAAGAAACUAGAGACUGACCUGGCAGAUUGCCACGGUAACCUGGAAGCCAAGGAGACAGAGUUGGAGGCUGUGCGGGUAGACCUGGAGCGGAGUCAGGCCACGAUGGAACAGAACAGGGCCGAGGUGGAGCAGCUCCAGGCCGAGCUAGGCAGGGUCUCAGCCAGUGAAGAGAAGCUGACUCAGAGACUGUCUGCCAAGGACAAGAAGCUGUUGGCAUCAGAAGAGAGGCUGAGUGAAGAGAGAGAGAAAGGGACUCGUCGCACGCAACUGGUGAGUGAGUAUCUGGAGGCUCUGGCUGAAGGUCUAGCCCAGCUGACCUCUGACCCAAGCCAGACGGAGCAGCUGGAGGGGCUGAGGAAGAAGGUGGCAGACAUGGCGGGGCGACUGGACCAGCCUCUCCCCAGCUCACCCGGUCGCCGGAGGAGGAGAGACAGAGAGUCUGACGACCCCUCCAGACACAGACGGAAACGCCGUGGCGACCGUGGGGGGCAGAAUUCUGACUCAGCAGCCACGCCCUCUUCCCCCAACACCACCAGAGUACUGUAUUACAUGGCAGGGGAGAGCAAAACGGAGGUUCCUUUUGUUGCCAUAGUUCCAAAGAGAGCUGCCGAGGUGACACUCAGAGACUUCAAGGAGGCUUUUGGUCGUCAUGGCGACUACAGAUUUUUCUUUAAAACCGAAGACCCUGACUGUGGGAUCGUUAAAGAAGAGAUUUUGUCAGACGAGCAGAUGUUGCCAAUCCUGAAGGGAAAGGUGACGGCAUGGAUACGAGAGAGAGAGACGACAGCCGCAGUUGGCCCCGCCCCCCAGUAACUGUCACAUAUCACUAUACUAGAACAGUACAAUGUGUGUACUAGUCUUAUCAUCAGUCAAUCUGUACAGUCACUUCAUCAGUCAUUUCCAAGACCUCUGACCUUGCAUUCCUCCGCCCACUCGCUUCCCUCCCCCUCGGCCACCUCUAACAGAUCCAGCCACUCUCUUGUUCUUAUUAUUGCCCACCACCCCAGUCUGUGAGCUCCUAUGGCCAGUGUUACCAUGACGAUGUACUCUGCUGCCACUGACAUCUUCACCAGCGGUAGUGACUUUUGGUUCACCAGAACUUGAAGGCCCUGAGGAUGGGUGAGAGUUGACCAUCACGUGUAGGCAGCUGAGGUAAUGUGCCUUCAUUUCCUGGGCAGUUGCCAGUCGGCAUUGGGCCACAGCUUGCUGCUGCCUCUCCCUCCCCACCCUCACCACCUCCUCCAACAUUUGCCGAACAUCUUUCUUGACAGCAGCUACCGUGGUCUGGAUCAUGGAGUGGACCUGGGCAGCUGUCAACACUGGCUCCUUCUGCUUCUUAGCCUCCUCUACCGCAACCUACGACAUCAUUUCUUGCCUUCAUGACAUCAUCAAACUUAGUACUCUCCACAAAUAGAGUGAGGUGCAGAACUAUUGGCACAAAGUGUAUUUCACAUUAAUACAUACACUGAUAAAACUGCAG